AUGCCCAGAUUUAAUCUUAGUGUCGCAGGAACUCUACGACUUGCACGUCCUGAACCACCUGACAUCUGGAGUGACGUCAAAGAUGCGCUGGUUCACGGUGCCAAAUGUCUCCAGAGGAUCAUCAAAGAUGACCCUCCCCUGACCAACGUCCCUUUCGAUGAAGAUUGCUUGUUCCUGGACAUCUACAUGCCCAAAUACAAGAACGAGAGCCACGCCCUAGUUCCCACCAUGAUGUUUAUCCACGGAGGGGGCUUCUACGGCGGUACCGGGGCUUUGUACAACUUCACCAAUGUGGCACUCAGGGGCGUGGCCGUGGUGUCAAUCAACUACAGGCUUGACGUAUUCGGUUUCCUGUCCACUUUAGACGAGACGAUUCCGGGGAACUUUGGACUCCUGGACCAGGUGUUGGCCCUAGAGUGGGUCAAGAACAACAUCGCGAACUUUGGCGGUGACCCCCAGAAGGUCACGCUGUUUGGAGGCAGUGCGGGGUCAUUGAGUGCAUCCAUCUUGACGCUGUCACCGCUAACCAGGGGCAAGUUCCAGGGGGCCAUCAUGCAGUCGGCUGUAGCACUGUGCGCCUACAGUCACCAAAGCAAGGAAACGGUGUACGAGGCGCCCCGGGAGGUGGCCAGACAGCUGGGUCAGCUGCUGAACUGCUCACUGCUAGAGGGGGAGUUCUCUGCUCAACUUCUGGAAUGUAUCCGUUCCAGACCCGGUGACGUCAUCAUCAACCAGAGCGUUAUUUUACAGGAAGAAACUUACUACGGCAGCACCAUCUACUCUCCUGUGCUUGAAAACGUGUUUGGCGUCCUACCGGACACGCCCCUCCAUCUAGUGGACAGUAAGGACAAGGUCUACAUCCCCACCAUAUCCGGUUACACCACCCACGAUGGGUCAUGGCUGGUCAGUGACCCCAAUAAUAAAGGCUUCAGCCUGGAAGAGUUUAAACUCUACAUGAAAGCUUUUAUAGAACGUAUGUUCCUACCGAGGUAUCAUGAAUCUUUGUUAAAAAAAGCCCUGGAUGGGUACCUACCUGCAAAUGCCUCAGAGCUGUCGAGAUUCGAACUCAGGGAUAUCCUGGUCACAGCAUUGACGGACGCGUUUGAUGUCGCGUGCACAAUCGACGAGGCGAGCAGGUUUACGGCAGGGGCGGAGAACUCUCGCAGUUUUGUGUUUGAGUUCAACCACCGGCCGAGUUACUCCGCCAACCCGGCGUGGAUGGGCGUGGCCCACGCCGACGAGAAAGGGUUCGUGCUGGGACUUCCGGUCGGUCCUGACCCUUUCAUGUACCCGUCGCACAGUCAAGGUGACCUUGAGGUGGCUGACCUUGUGGUCACGACCUGGACCAACUUCGCUAAAUUCGGAAACCCGACCCCUGAACCUGUACAUAACAUCACGUGGUCUAGCUUUACUCAACAGGACCAAAAUGUCCUGGUCCUCUCCGAGACGCCCAAGGUCAAGAAAUUUGACCGACCCGUCGCAUUGGAGGUGUGGCUAGUGGACAAUGGGCAUCAUCACAACCUUGGAGUUCACCCCAGGGAAGGAUCUCAUUUCAUCGUCUCCAUGCUGCUUCUAGGAUUUUUCUUCCACAGAUUUUAACUAGUGUAGCAUAUCCGUUACUUUAACCAUUUGUUGUAUGAGAUUAUUUUAUACCUUAUAUGAUGCUGAGAUCAUUUAUUUGUUCAGUGUGAUGCAAUCGCUCAUUGAUGUUUAUAUAAUUGUCUGCUAAUUUGUCUGCUGAUU